UGAUUACUGAGUUCAAUCUUUUUUUUUUUUUUUUUUUUUUUUUUUUAAGGCAAUAAUUACUCAGUCCUUGGUGGAAGCCUAUCGCGAGGACCAGUUCAUGUCUGAGAUCAUACGCAGACAGCAGGCGAAGGACAAGAAGACCUCUGUCGAGUUUGAAUUGGUCAAUGGCUUGCUGUUCCUUGAGAAGGCAGGGAAUAAACGAUCGUGUGUCCCUAAUAGCGAGUCUUUGCGUAGUUUAUUUUUAGGUGAGUGUCAUGAUGCCACCGGCCAUUUUGGGUACAAGAAGACCGCAGCUAAUCUGCUGCAGCGGUUCUGGUGGCCCACGAUGAUGCGAGACGCCCAGCUGUAUGUGGAGACUUGUCAGGUAUGUCAAAGAGACAAGCCCCGUACUCAGGCUCCUCUUGGGCUCCUGAAGCCCCUUCUGAUACCGGAACGGCCUGGUGAGAGUCUGUCCAUGGACUUCCUGGAUACUAUGGUCACCAGCAAGAGUGGGAUGCGACACAUCUUUGUCAUCGUGGAUAGAUUUAGCAAGCAUUACAUCAAGCCCAACCAGGUGGACUGGGAUGAGAAGCUUGCUCUCAUCGCCAGCUUGUACAACAACGCUGUACACAGCGCCACCGGGGUGAGCCCAAACAGCUUACUGCUAACAUUUAAGCCUAGACUGUCCCUAGACUUUCUUCUCCCUGAGAAUCAAUCCACUGUUGCACCAGGCACCUUGGAAUUUGCUUACCACUAUGAACAGAAGAUGCAGAAGGCACAGGCUACAAUGAUAGAGUAUGAAAAUAGACACCGCCGGCCUUCUACAUUUCAAGUUGGGUAUAGGAUCUGGGUUAAGUCUUCAGAGCUGGGACAGGAGCAUUGGAUCUCCCGUAAACUCAUGCCCAAGUACUUUGGACCCUGGGAAGUCUUGGACAUCGUUGGGACAGAUCCGGAUGGGCCAUCUUAUGUUGUCCGGAUCCCUGGUCAUCUCCGUACUUACCCUGUCUUUCACGCCUCCAAGCUGGCACCUUUCAAAGAGACUGAUCAAUUUCCAUCUCGUCGCUCAAUGCUGCCCCCAACCAUGGACGGAGAGGUGGACAUCGAUGACAUCGUGGAUCACAGAGAGCUGCCGGUAUCAAGACCAGCAGGCAGGGGACGUCCUCCAAAACUGAAGCUGCAGUACCGCGUCCGGUUCUGGCAUCACACUGAUCCGAAGGAGGACCGCUGGUUCACCAGGGAAGAGCUCAUGCAGACCGCCCCUCAAGUUGUAGCCCAAUACGAGAGAUCUCUGCAGAAGGGAAAGCGCCCCAUGGUUGAAGACUGAGCUUCUCAGAGGACUGUUGAAGCUAAGGAGGAGGGAAUGCGAGGCCACUGCCUCU